UUCAAACUCAACAGUCACAGCAUUGUCCACCAUCGUUGUGUGUGUGAUGAGGAUCAACAUGACGCAGUGGUGGGCUCUACUCAUCAUUCUUAACCUGGCAAUGCACCUGGCAGCCUCUCAGCAUCACAGGAAAACUCUGUAUCCAUCUGCAUAUAGGAUAAAGCGCGGGACGUAUUCGCUCAUCAACCCCACGUUCCUGCGAUCGGCGGAGGAUGUGGACCUGCUUUUUGAGAUCCUGCUGGCUGGAAUGCAGAUCCGAGAUGAAGAACACCACAUGCUGAUCCCAGAUGAGGAGCUGGCCUCCCUGAGGAGCGCGGAGAAGCUGGAGGUCAUCUGUGAGGACGUCCUGCCCAAGUCGCUCUCAGACAUCCGCCGCCUGACAGUGGAGCUGGGCCGGCGCCACCAGCCUCUGAGCUGGCAGGACUUCGAGAGGACGGUGCUGACGCUGGUGUACACCACCCAGACGCUGGCUGCAGCGAGCAGCCAGCAGCAGAAGGAGGCGUGGACAGACGCAGCGGUGCAGCUCUUCAGAGCCCUGCAAAAAGACCUCAAAUCCUCUUGAGGGAGGAUCACAAGAUUUAUUAUUUUAAGAUGUUUUUAUGGGCAUUCACUUGCUUAUGGUCACUGAUUCAUUGUAUGUGUUACACUGCAGUUCCUGUCUGAAGCUUUUUCCAAGAAGUUAUCGAUCCAGUAUACUAAUUGUUAUAGAAUACAAGAAAUCAACCAAAAAAGAACUCCUAUCCAUCCACUAGUUAUUAAAAUACUAGUUAUUGAAAACACUAGUGGGUGGACCUUAAAGGUCUCCUAUUAUGCUAUUUUUAGGCAUAUAUUAUGGGUCUCAGAUAUAUAAAAAUAUAUAAAAAACAU